UUGCCCUCUUCUAUUUCCAGAUUUCGUUGCUGCGUUUGGGAAAAAGUAUUUCUCCAUUUCCGCACCUUUUAAUCCGGCCUACAGCACGAAGGUGUCACCAGAAUGCAAACGAGCAGCCAAACGAUACCUCACCUCGCUUCGGGCUAUGGACAUGUGGGCCCUCAGGAUGCACGACUCCAGCGCCAAGCUCAGUUCCGGCAUUCUGAACGGAAACGUUAACCAGUUCGGCGAUUACGAUCAGUGUCUGAAAAUUCGCGGCGGAGAGAAAAACAACGCCGCCGAUCAGCAGAAUCUACAGGGACAGUACUGUCUCGCCGCCAUUCAACCGAGUGUCGUCUCCAAUGCUGUUUUCCUGCAGCACGUGCUCAGCUUGGCACAGUCGCGUGGAAUUCUUACCAGUCAGCUCAGCGAUGUAAGUACAUGCCGCCACGGUGUGUCUGAAACCAUUAUUAACGAAAAAUAGCCACACUCUAGGAAA